UGGUGGAUGGCCGUGCAAAAGGCAACCGAUUAGUCAGUCUCCACUUUGCGUUGGGUGUGUGAGCAGGAGUGAGAGGACAGACAGACAGUUGCCGCCGACACUCGGCUUCCUCACCAUGCACGGCUUGAGGUGUCUGCUGGCGUUGGUGGCUGCGGCGGUGCGCUGCGGGGCAUUCACAGGAGGCCACAGGGACGGCUCAUCGUAUGAUCAGAGGCAAGUUAAUGGUGGUGGAGGCGUGGCGGCGGGGCUCUCAUUAGCCCUGCAGGAUGACGACGUAGCCGUAGUCGAUGUUGACCAAAUACGAAGUGGCAGCGCAGCCGGAGUCUCCAGCUCCGAUAGCGGGCCAAGUAUGAUCUCGAGCAGCAGUGGUGGUGAGAGCAACGUUAGCCAGUUUGGUCCCGUAUCAUCGCCGUUCUUCUUCAUGUGCCAGUAUCCUCGGGCCGGAGAGCUUUCGGACGACAUGGAAGAGGAUGUGGCGCUGCAGGUUCAGUUUUCUGGUCGAAAAGACCCAAAGGACGGCUACCAGCCACACGCAGUGUAUGAAGUACUGGUGACAGCCAACGUGUUGUUCGAUGGCUUCCUGGUGACGGGCGUGCAUGCCUUUACCAAGCAGCUCACCACAGCACACCACCUCACCCUGCCCGCCUCCCUGCAUGGUGGAGUGUCUGAAGGCCUGGCGUGUGCUGUGCUUCACUCUCACAUCUCCCGCCGGCCGCGCUCCCACCUCUCCUUUUUCUGGAUGGCACCCCCUGCAGGCACUGGAUGUGUUGCCUUCUUGGCCCAGGGCUCCCUCCAGGGGCAGAUACUCUUCAAGGACCUCAAAAUUGUGGAGGUGUGCGAAGAAGACGGGUCAGUGGGGCAGCUGCAGGCUUGGGAGUCCUUCUUCACAGGACGGGACCAGCAUGGAUACGUCUUCAGAGAUGACUUUGAAGGACACAAUUUGGACAACUCUAUAUGGAUGGAACUGGAGGGCGGAGGUGUGGAGCAAGGAGCUGGGGAGCGGAAGAUGCACGGAUCAGCCGCCACCUUCACUGAACUCAAUGCCUCCAUCCACACCUUGCCGCUGGACCUGUCGCAGGGCCGACAGCUGCAGUUCACAUUGGGUACUGGCUCCUGCUCAGGCGAAGCCAAAGUUGAACUUUUUUAUGGCACCACUGAGCUCCAAGACCCUGACCAACUUUUGCCUCUAUCCCUGGACACUGAUACUAAUGGGGAAGGCAGCGGUGAUGUCCCUGUAGCCAAGGUCACCACAAUAUCCUUCAGCGAAGGUCAGCAGGCAGAUCAAACAACAAAUAAUUCGUCUGCAGAGAGUGGAUGCACAGCUUGGGAGACAAUCAACACCUACAGGGCCAUGGCCGCCAACGAGGUGCACGUCAUGGCAGUCCCAAAAAGGUACCGGCGGCGUGGAGUGUGUGUUGGCUGGCGGCUAGCAGCUGGCAGUCACAGCGAUCACUGUUGGGCCUUGGAUGAUGUGGCAGUCGUCACAGAUCACGCUUCCCACCAGCCUCUUCAAGAUGACUUUGAUCCUGUCGACCCUGCCAACUGGAUGUUCUUCCCAGGCGCCAGAGUAAAGGAAUGGUGUGGCUCAGAGGGCAAUAGUCUGGUAUUUGAAGGCGACCUGGAGACUAGUUGGACCACCACUCGCCUCCUGGACUUGUCAUAUGAGCCACCGGUGGAGGAUGUCGUCUUGAAACAAUCCUUCGUUUACGCCGUUCCUCAAGGGUGGGAGGUGGCUGGUGGCAGGUCCCGCAUUUGUGAUGGCCGACGACGGCUCCUUCUGGACGAAGUGCACUCCAAACUUUGCACACCCACACUGGAUAUCAGAAGUGUAGGGGUGCUGUUCCUGUCCAUGGGCAUAAGCGACUGCGAAAACGGUGCCGUUAUGCCAGUUGCCGUGGAGUUGGGCUGGGAAGAUCACGAGGGGCGAGUGGGGGUGAUUGGACACGCUAAUGUCACCGGCACACAGCACCACUACGCCUUUCCCGUCCCUCCACAACAUUUGCCGCACCAAGCCAGGGUCUGCGUAAAGAGUAUCAGCAGCAGUGAGCCUGGCAGCUGGGUGGUGGACAGCAUGACAUUGCUGCCGUGGCUGCCAUCCACACCACAACACUACCUGCAGGCACGAAUGAACCUCGAGUGCGGUGGCGGCCUGACGGAAGUAGACGUGGAGAGCAGCAAUAAUGGAGGUGCUUCGUGGACAGCACUCCACCGUCCCUGCUUACCCGGGAGUUGCCUUGGCGCACACUCCGCACUUUCCUCCGCUAUCGUGCCUGACAGCGUGGACAGGUGGGGUCUGGUCACACUGCCGCUGCCAUACAUUUCCCUCACGGCGCGCACACGGUUCAGAAUCAGGCAACUUGAAGAUAACACCCUGUCUGGAUCACAGUCGUGGGCGAUCGACAACGUGUACAUCGGAAAGUGUGUCCAGGGAUGCAGUGGAAGAGGUCUGUGUCAGCUGGAUGGCAACUGCAAGUGUGAGUACGGCUACGGUGGGGAGGCGUGUCAGCACUCCGACCGAGAGAAUCCAAUCUAUGUGUCAGAGCCGUUCAGUUCGCCUUCCCUCAGCAGCGCCAACUUGCUGGAGAUGAUCGGAGGAUCGAACAGCUUUAGGUGUGGUGUGGUCGGCACGGGCACUGCGGCCGUGUUCAGCGGACGGGGUCGACGGGCAAUUACCACCGUGGACGUCAACACCACACAUGCGCACUACCUCCAGUUCCACUACUUGGCCGGGACCUUUAGUGAUGUGGGCAAGUGUCCAGGACCUGUCGAGGACGAGGAGAGUGUUUAUGUCCACUAUUCUUGUGAUGGUGGCGUCUCGUGGCACCUCCUGCACACCCUGCACGCUGCCAACCACAAAGAGCCAAGCCAUGUGUCAUUGGACCUGCCUGGAGCUGCGCGAGGCCCGAGUUGCCGCUUCCAAGUGUGGCAAGCUGAACACUCUGGCGCUGGCAGGGACGUGUGGGCCCUUGAUGACCUCACCAUUACCUCGCAGAUCUACAACAACAUCCAACUUGAUUUUAGUGAUGCAGAGGCAGUAAAUAAUUCCCUACGGUUCCACUUAGGACAGCUGAGUGAGGAUGUGUGUGGUAGGGAGUCAGCACUUUUGUUUGACGACAUCAUCGCCACUGACACGUCUCGCUUUGUCGAAACCAAGUCCCUCGGCAUUGGACCCUCCCACAUGAUGCAGUUCGACUUGGUCAUUGGAUGCGGGGAUCAGUCUUUUCAGGAUACCCUAAAUAAGGUGGUGCUGGAGUACUCUGUCAACCAUGGCAUCACAUGGAGCCUUGUUCACCGCCCUUGCACGCCUGCUCUGCCCGGCUGCCGCACGUUCUACACCCGCGGUACUGUCUAUCAUGCAUCAGAGUUCCCUCAAUGGAAGAGGGUUACACUACGCCUGCCCCAACACACCUGGUCACCAUCUACGCGCCUGCGACUUCGACAGACUGAUGAAAAUGAGAUUGGUGAGUCAUGGGCAGUGGACAACCUGUACAUCGGCCGUCAGUGUCCUGGACUCUGCUCUGGCCACGGCCAUUGCACCUCUACAGGCUGCAGGUGUGACGACAAUUUUCACGGCCACAAUUGUCUGCCGCUCCACAAGUUGCACUGGCAAUUAGACGCCACCUUUGACCAUGGCAACGACGUGGAGAAAUACAGCCUUCAGGUGACAGGUGGCAGUCUGGCACCUCCGGGGGACGGCUGUGGCGUGGUGCUCUCCAACAACAGUCUCUACUUCGGUGCGCCCAGUGUGAGGCAAUUGGAGACAGAUGACCUAUAUGCUGCUGAGUUAGAGGUGAUCAACCUAGUGCUAGUGAUUGGGAGCGGGGCCACUACCAGCUGCGUGCCCGCCCUUCAUCAGGAGACGCCGGGUGCUGGCAGUGUUGUACUUGAGUAUUCCACCGAUGGAGGUCUCGGCUGGAAUCUUUUGCAAGAGCUACUUCCCUCAAAUCAUCGUGAUCCGAGGCUGGUGAGUGUCAGGCUGGAUGAAAUGGAGCAUGGAGAGUCUGGCGUUGUGAGGUUCCGUCUCUGGCAGCCAACACAUAACGGCCAGAACCAGUGGGCUGUGGACAAUCUAAGGGUUGCACCACACAGUAAUCUCAGCUCUCUUCAAGCUGAUUUUGCGCCCACCACAUCCACGGCCUCGCCCUGGCUCAGUGUGACCGACAGCCACCACAACGAGUAUUGCGGCAGUGAGGCGGAAGUGCAGAUAAUGGACGGAACCGAGCCUGUGCGGGAGGCCCUGACUCAUCCACUCACUCUGUCUCCUGGUGACGUCAUCACCUUCCAGAUCAGUGUAGGCUGCAAGGAGGCAUCAGGUGGCAGCCAGCCGGUGCUGCUACAAUACUCUCAUGACGGAGGACUGAGCUGGCAACUGCUGAACCCAGGGUGCCCAGCUUCGGCCUUGCACUGUGAGGGCCCUGCCGAGCCCAGUGUGUAUCAGCCAGGCCACCAUGGACCCUGGAGCCGAUUCCUAAUUCCUGUGGACCAUCGGCUAUCCCAAAGACAGGUCCAGUUGAGAUGGGUUCAGAACAACCCAGGCGCUACCCCGAGUGGUGAGUUUGCUCUGCGUGACCUGUACAUCGGCCCUCGCUGCUCCUACGACUGUCAUGGGCAUGGUCUCUGCACUGCCGCUGGUCACUGCAAGUGUGACCAAGGAUACCGAGGAACUUACUGCGGGAAGUUUCAAAAAAGCCUCCCACAGUGGAUGCACGACAGCUUCGAGGAGGGCACCAUAUCAGGGCAGUGGGAGCGGGUAGAGGGAGCAACGGUGGGGCAGGGUUGUGGCUCCCAGCAUGGAAGCAACACUCUGCUCUUCUCCGGCCCAGGACACCGCUCAGCCACCACGCGUGAGCUGGACACACGAGCCAUCAGGUACCUGGUUUUUAGCUUACUAAUUGGGUCAUCUGAAGCACGGGGUCGCUGCCAGCCGGGCCAGGCGCCGCGGGACAAUGUGGCGCUGGAAUACUCCAGUAACAAUGGGCAGACGUGGGCAGCACUGCAGCGCCUGGAGCCUCAGCACACUACUCGCAGAAAGGAGCCGUUCUUCGUCCCGCUCCCACCCGCAGCCCGCACCAGGCACACUCGCUUCCGCUGGUGGCAGGCGCCUGGGGACAUGCUCUUAGCAGACGAACCUUUUCCUGAAGAGCGCACCGAGUGGCACCUGGACAAUGUCAUGAUUCUUGCCAACGAGACUCUGCCAUCCACCCUCCAUGAGGCCUUCAAUGACACCGAAAAAUUCUCCUUUCCCUGGUUCCUGCAUGAGGGCGCUUCCUUCGGUCCGGCCUGUAAGAGAAACACCACCGUCAUGCUUUUCUCUGGACCAGCUGGCCUCAGGUAUGCUGAGACAUGGGACCUACACGCAUCCGGGGCAACCGUGGUGCAGCUAGAUAUCAAAGUGGGUUGUGAUAGUAUUGGCACUGGUGGUGGCAGUGUCGGUGCUUCUGUAGUGGAGAUGCAAUUUUCCGUUGAUAAUGGGCGCACGUGGAAUCUAGUGCGGGAGCUGUGUGCGCCACCUGAUGUGGAGUGUGGAAGCUUCCAUAUGCCGUCCACCUACAGCGCCUCCCUCCACCCUUCCUGGACACGUGUAACUACCAUGCUCCCAAGAACCACUGUAGGAGAACGGACGCGACUUCGGCUGAUACAAAGCGGGGAUAUAAGUAGCGGGGCACAUGCAGUUUCCUGGGCCAUCGACAACCUAUAUGUGGGUGACUCUUGCCCCUGGAUGUGCUCCGGCCAUGGGUACUGCACCAGUGGCCACACCUGCAGGUGUGACGAGGGCUUCUUUGGGCCUUUCUGUGUUCCGGCGAAGACACUGCCAUGCGAGCUACUGGACACAUUCAACACACCGGAGCUUCAUCCUGAGCGCUGGCAAGAGGCUUACGGCGUGGAAGUGUCCCAGCGAUGUGGUGUCCUUGUUUCCAAAUCUGCAUUAGUGUUCUUUAAGGACGGCUUACGGCAAGUGUCUACUGUAGACCUGGACAUGACAGCAGGUCAGUUCAUACAGUUUACACUUCUGAUGGGAUGUGAGAAAAAACCUGGUGGCCGCAGCAAGCACAGCACCAUUUACUUGGAAGGAAAGACCAAUUCAGAAAAGAAAGAACAUCCAAGGGCCCAUGGCGUGCUGGUGCAGUACUCGACGAACGGUGGCUUGACCUGGGGACUUCUGAAGGAGAUCCACUUCAAGCCACAUCCACAGCCUGUCUUUGUCUCCAUCAGCUUGCCAGACUUCCCUCUUGCUCUGACCAAUGCCACUCGAUUCCGCCUGUGGCAGCCGCGCCACGGUGGUGUCUCUCAUCACACGUGGGCCCUUGACAACCUGUUCAUUGGGGGACAGCCUAUAGCUCCCAACGUCCUCUAUGAUGACUUUAAUGGGACCUCACCAGCUCCUGAUACCUGGAUCGACUGGCCCACAGGGGAGGUGAAUCGCAUGUGCGGCGAGUCAGACUCCAGCACAGGUCUGGUUUUCGGGGCGGGCGAGGGCCACCACGCACUCUACUCCAGGGACCUGCAGAUCGACACCGAUUCUGUGCUUCAGUUCAACAUUCGAGUCGGCUGCGGGCACGUGACGCGACAAGAUCAUGCGGUGCAGCUACAGUACAGCCGCGACCUGGGCAUCACGUGGCACACAGUACGCCCAAGCCUUGCCCUGGAUGUCAACACUGCCGUCUGUCUACACGAACUGAGGACCCCAACCGUUUUCUAUCCAAACAGUGCCCUCAACUGGACCAGAGUCACUGUGCCUCUUGAUGACCUACAGAUAUGUGGGAGAGUGAGAUUCCGGUGGUGGCAAGGGAAGUACGGGCCCAGGGAGGCCUCGGAACCCUGGGCUGUGGAUGAUGUAUAUGUCGGGCCAGCCUGUUUGCACCACUGCGGCGGCCAUGGCCUCUGCCUCAACGGGGACGUGUGUUUGUGUGACGAUGGAUACGGCGGGAAUGCGACUUGUGUCCUUGAGAAAGACCGGCCACACACCCUGAAGGAAGACUUUGAGGCUGGUCUGUCCAGAGAACGUUUGCUGCGCUGGUCAGGGGCUGAGGUGGCAAGAUUCUGUGGCGUACUGACUGGUCAGGCACUGGUGUUUUCGCAGCAGGGAGAGAGGAUGCUUGUUACUGUCGACCUGGACCUGACUCACGGAAGCGUGGUUCAAUUCUAUAUCCGCUUUGGCUGCGUGGAAGGCAACCCUGUCCCCGAUGACGGUCCCGUGCUGCUGCAGUACUCCAUUGAUGGUGGCGUGUCCUGGACCUUGCUUGCUGAGCUAGCUGCUGACCCUGCCGAGCCCCGGCGCACCCAACAUGUCACCCUCAACCUUCCAGACUUCGCUAAGAAAAAUGCGACGCGCCUCAGGUGGUGGCAGCCCUCUCAUGACGGCUCCUUCUUCUCCCAGUGGGCCCUCGAUCAGAUCUAUGUGGGCAGUACGGCCGAGGGGCUGCCUGGCUUCUCGGACACAGGUAGUGGAGAGGGCUGGCUCCUGCGGCCCGGCUCAACAGUGGAGCCCAUGUGUGGCCACCUUCAUUCCUCCCUCCACUUUGCUGGCCGCGAGGGGUUCCGGUUGGCAGAGACGCCAGACAUCGUGAUGACGCAAACCACCUACGUCCAGUUCACGGGAUCACUCGCCUGCAAGGAGCCAGCGCCGUGCUUCGAGGUGGAGAUGGAAUAUUCAGUGGAUCACGGUGCAACAUGGUGGCCGAUCCGAUCAGCGUGUCUACCUGAUGACCCUGACUGCACUGAAUACUGGACGUCUUCCACCCUGACCUCGGACCUGUACGUUGGGCCGUCUUCGGUCACUAUGUUGGCCCCGCCAAGACUGAGGAGGUCUGAUCUGGGGCGUGUUCGUUGGGUGCAGAGGGACGGAUGGCGGCAGCAGCACACAUGGGCCAUCUCACACGUGUAUGUGGGGAACGAAUGCCUCCUCAGGUGCUCCGGACAUGGCACGUGUGACGCUGGGGUGUGUCGAUGUCAAAAAGGCUGGACAGGUGAGGAGUGUGAAGAGCCGCUCACACCUCUGCCAACCUUCUUGGCGGCUGACUUCGAAACUGAGGACUGGGCGAGGGCCUGGCAGAGGGCGGUGGGAGGUCAGCCCGGUGACCACUGUGGACCUGUGGCCUCGCGUCGCGCACUCCACUUCCAAGGGAGCUGCAGUAGGUACCUGGAGACGAAAGAUCUCGACCUGCGGGAUGCCCUCUUCGUGCAAUUCGACUUAGAGGCGGGGUGCAUAGAAACCGAGGCUAGGCCGGGAAUCCUACUCCUUCAAGCCUCUUGUGACGCUGGCCUCACCUGGACCACACUCAAAAAGCUUCGUCCUCCUCACCACCUGCCAUCAUACGUGUGGGUGGAACUACAAGCGGCACAGCGAUGUCUGGGUGGGCGUGUAAGGUGGUGGCAGCCGCAAGCUGGUGACACCGACCGCUACGACUGGGCAUUGGACGCUGUGGUGGUGGGCGGGAGCUUGACACCUCCAGACACCCUCACCUACAAUCACCCAGACCACCUGGAACCGCCCUUAUGGCUGCGUCGAUACAAUGCACAUCAAGAGCUGUACUGUGGCCACGAGCUCUCCAUGUAUGUGAUGAUGUCCACGCCUGCUGAACCCGCCUUGCUUCAGACCACGGACCUACAGAUUGGGAAGGAUCACGUCCUUAGCUUCCGUCUGGCGCUUGGCUGUAACGCUUCCUGGGACAACACGGCGCCUCCAGUCAGACUGGAGUAUUCUGUGGACUUCGGGUACACGUGGCGGCUGGUGCGAGCGUUGUGUGUGCCGGGGAACAGAAGCUGCACCUAUGUGGCUGAUGCUUCAGUAUUCUAUGCGCCGCUCGCCUGGAGCAGACAUGUGUACCCACUCAAUCACAUCGGCCCGUGCAAGUACGUCAGGUUCCGAUGGAUACAGGAGCACUCCUCAGAUGUAUCAGGGUGGCACAAGUGGUCACUGCGGGACGUGUACAUUGGGCCUGCCUGCCGCCACCAUUGUAUGGGUCGUGGUUCGUGUCUGGAGGGCCAGUGCCGUUGUGACCCUGGCUACAGCGGUGACCACUGCCAGCACCUCACCAUCGAUAAUGUGCCGUUCAUCCGGGACCAGUUCUUGUCGGAUGUGUUCCUGCCACACUUCGUACAAGUACAAGGUGGCUUGCUGUCGGGCGGCUGCGGCAACCUGGAAGAGCCGCCCACUGCCACGUUCCAGGGUCCCAACACCCGUCUACUGCUCACCCGCCCAGUCGACACCCGCAGUGCGAAAUUUGUCCACUUCCUACUAACCAUCGGCAGCCCACAUGGCCAUGGUGUGUGCCGGUCCGCCACACAUCGCGAGCACAAUGUAUUGCUCCAGUACUCGCUGGAUGGAGGCAUCCACUGGGAAUUGCUGCGUGAACUGGACCACACACUGUACACACAACCAGGAAAGGAGUACAUCCAGCUCCCUGCGAAAGCAAGGGGGCCCGCCACCUCCUUCAGGUUUUGGCAGCCUCGUCAGGAGCAGCCGCCACCCGCCUGGUCCCUGGAUGACCUCUUCAUCGGUGGGUCUGAGAUCAGUUCUGCGCACCUCAUCGACAGACUGGAUGAUGAGCCAACGGUGAAUGACUGGCUGUUUGCACCGCUCAGCCACAGUGAGCGUGACUACUGUUCCCGCGGCAAUGACUCAUCGCUGGUCUGGGGCUCUGAAUCGCCGGGCAAGCGGGAGAUCACCACGCAGGAGCUAAUCAUUCAAGAAGGUCAUGUGGUGCACUUCAAGGUGUCCGUGGGCUGCGGUGAGGAAGUGCAGGAGUGCAGAAGCAGCCCCGGCGUGCGCCUCGAGUACAGUCUGGAGGGUGGCGUGAGAGGUUGGGAUCUGGUGCAAGACCUAUGUCUGCCGGGCUCCUCUCCUGACCCUGAUUGUCAUCCGUACACCUUCCACCCCCAGUCCAUUUUCCACGCUGACACCCAUAGCUACUGGAGGCGGGUCGCCUUACCACUGCCAGAGAAGACUUGGGCAAGUACCACACAGCUUCGGUGGGUACAAGCAGCAGGCGGGCCAGGCGGAAGCGACAGAGUAACUCCAUGGUCCCUGGAUGACGUAUAUGUAGGUCCUCCAUGCCCACGUCACUGCCACGGCCGCGGUGAUUGUGUGGGUGGCGUCUGCCGCUGCGAUACCGGUUACUAUGGUGAGACUUGCGAGCCAACCCCAUCCCGAACGGCGCCACUUCCCACGAGCCUCGUGGACGGCUUUGAGGGUGGCGUUGGCGCAAAUUGGGCCACUGUGACAGGUGGCGGCGUUGGACUGGGCUGCAGCUCCCUGGCGCCUUACGCUCAUGGCAAGCACCUAUACUUCUCCGGCUGUGGGACACGGCAGGCCCGCACUGUGGACCUAGACACCCGCUCUGCAAGCAAACUAAUGUUCGUGCUGCGCAUCGGGAGCCAUGACGGGACACCCUCAUGCCACGUCGAGCUGAGUGACCCGCAGCGGGGCCUGGACAAGGGCGUCGUGCUGCAAUACUCGCCCGACAAUGGUGUUUCCUGGAUCACCAUCAAUGUGCAUGACCCACUCGACUUCAAAAAGGCCCGGCGGGUGGCGUACAGCUUGCCCGAAGAAGCGCGGGUGUAUGGGCUGCAACUACGAUGGUGGCAACCUGUGCAUGAUGGACCCAGCACGGACCAGUGGGCCCUUGACAAUGUGGAGAUAGUGUUGGCUCAAAGGAGAGACACCAGCAGCUACGACGCCAUCCACGAUGCUGAGCUCUGAGUAGAACGAUCUUCCCCCUCCAUAACACAGCCGAGAAGGGCCAUGCAAGAGUCAUGACUUCAUUCCAGCGUUGCCGGAUUCGUGAACACAUUCUCGUACUCCGCAAAUUGAAACUAUUUUCUGACCAAAAUUGUUGCACUCUCAAAAUCAUAUUUAUUUAAUCAGAUGUAUUUAAUCAAAUUUGAUGUUAAUAACUAAACCAGUGUGUGUAUACAUGCAGGGAGGAUAAAUCAAUGACACUGAAGUCCCUUAAAGUGUUGAACCCAACAAGACCAUUGUAGUAGCUAUCGCAACAUUCUGACAGUCCGGCAAGUUGAAAUUGCUUUUAAAAACUCGACUAUCAAUGUGUGCGUUUGUGUAUACAUGCAGAGGGUAAAUCAGUGAUACUGAAGGCGCUUAAAGUGUUUUGAAUACAAGAUCGUUCUCGUUGCUAUCGUAACAUUCUGACAUGCUGGCAAGUUGAAAUUAUUUCCGUACUAAAAUUGUUGCGUUCACACAAAUAAUGGUAUUUAAUCAAAUUGUUGAAAACUUAACACUUUCUGCAUAGAGAAAAUCAAUGAUAGUACUGAAGUUGACAUAAGUGUUGAACCCAAGGUCAUUUUAUUAGCUAUCAUAACAUUUUCAUAAUAAAUAUAAAAUAUUAUUGCAGUAAUGAAUGAAUAAUAUUACCACAUGCUACACAGAGCCAAUUGAUCACAUUUUGAGACCAUUACCACAAAUCUAGCAACAGUGCUGAACCCUGUUCACGUGAACUUUAAAUAAAGCCCUGCCCACGCUAGCCCAGCAUUUACUAUGACUUACUAUUUCCCUGCAUUGCAGCCUGGGGUGGGGACAGAAUGUGGCUUUCUAUUGGAAUAGCUAGUGAUGUUCAAUUGAUGGGCGAGGGAGGAGCUUCUUUUCAAAGUUAACACGAACAGAGUAUAACUCGCCUUACAAACAUGGAUUUUGUUGCACCACCACUUUGUCACUCUCUAAUACCCUUGCCCGUACGAGGUCUCGCUUCAGCAGGUCAUUCAUAAGAAGUCAUCACACAGUGGUUGCCAUGAGAUGGUCUAGCUACAGAAUGUCAUUCACAAGGAGUCAUCACACAGUGGUUGCCAUGAAAUGUGAUACACUAAAACAUCAAGCCAUUCAGCACUCUCUUAAUUAAACAAAAUCUCUGGCAUAACUAACAACAGACAGCUGUACCAUUCACUUUAAUUGUAUCAUCCUUCGGAGAAAAAAAAUCUCAUGCAAGUGACAUUAGCAAGUAUAUUUAACCUACAAGAUAUUUACAGAGACUAUACUAAAGGCUGGAAGUGAAUUUGUGGUUGACUUGAGUCGAUUCAAUGAAAUCGUUCAUGUUUUUAGUACACAGUUUCAGACAUCCCAGUUUAUAAGCUUCCCAUUUUGACCUCGCAGGGUGAAAACUGCUUUUGGCGCUGGGUAGCGAUCAUCAUCAGUGAUGACCUCUUCCCCUCAUUCCCUCUUCCUUAUCACCCUUCGUGCAAUGAGUUGAGUGCAGCCUGUCUGUGAGAACAGGUACCAGCUAUAAACACGCCACGGCGCCCAGGUUGUGCCAUCCCCCACCCCCUGUUGAUGACACAGCCUAAUGGGCACCGUAAUACCCAGGAUGUGCCAGCAAUACCUCCUAGUGCAGGAAAACGAUCAAUCCCAGUGAAAAAUGCAGUGAUGAAAGUUUCGCACUCGGGCAAGCAUUCUGAACACAAUACUCUAUCUGGCAAGAUUUUCAGACUCCCCACUCCACCUUGUAUCUGGCUGACCCUGAACAUCUCAUCGCAGUGCAAACACGGGUGCCCUGAGUGCCUGUUCGACUUCUUCACACAAACCAAACCACACGUCAUAUUAUCCUCUCGCAAACCUGAGUCUUUACACCGAGACGCCGGCAUGCCUCUCACCUGCCUUACUUCACCGACAAAUCCUGCAUCAUUCCUGCACCCCCGCAUAACUCGUCAGACCCACCAGCCCCUCCCACUGUCUGUAAUUUGUAUAUAUUCAGCCCAACAGUUGCCACAACCAAAUAAACAAUUUAUUAUUACA